CUCCAUAUAAUCGCAGCGUCGAAGACUGGACCGCGUCUAAGCGUUCCCCUCGGAGGCGUCCUGGGGCUCGAUGGUGGGCCCCUGCGGCGGCGCCUGGCGCCGGCCAAGCCCGGCGAAGGCCUGCGGGGGCUCCCCGUCGCAGGUCAGCACCACCUACGGGGAGCUCUGCCCGCCGGCGCCCGCCCUGCCCUCGGCGCGGGCCUGCCAGAGCGGCGCGCGCUCAGGGCGGGCCUGCGGCACCACCUACGGGGAGCCGGGGCCGCCGCGGGCCGUGUGCCUCCAGAAAGACUCCCUGUUCGGCAUGCUGGCGCACUAGCGGGCGGCGUGAGCGCCCUCCCGCGCCCCCGCUUGGAUGUGGGCCGGGCUGCACGGCGCAGAAGGCAGCAUGGCAGGCGACGAUUGCGCCUUUGCCUGUGCCGACGCUCGCGCGCUUGCAUGUGCGGCCUCGAGGCCCUCUCGCAGGAUGGCCGUGAGCCCUCCCCGAUCCGGCCCGAUCCCCGCGCCCCCACCUCGGUCCUCGCCCCAGCUUCUCCCGGCUCGCUCUCCAGAGUUUCAGGUCAGUGGCGCCGUAACGGGGACGCUGAUCAGGUGUCCUGGCUCAGUGAGCCUCUGGCGGCCCCGCCGCGCAGGCCCCUGGCCCUGCUGCGCGCCGCCCUCCCACCACCUCGCCGCCUGGGGGAGGCGAAUAUUCUUCAUGGCCCCCCAACCCCGCCACACGGCGCGGCGCCCCGGCCAGGGAGCCGGGCGCCGGAAGCGCUCGUCGUCCUCCUCCCUCUCUCGGCGUCACUCUUUUGCUCGUUGUGUUCCCUCUCUCCACGAACCCCUCCAAUGGCGUAGAGCGCACCGUGGCACCCGUUUGGCCAUGCGGUCACCCGCACUGGCCCGUCGGGGUGGGGGAGCCACUUGCAUGUCCUAGAAUGCGACUGGGCGACGAAUACACCGCAAUUGUUUAAACUCCCCGCUUGCGGCAGUGUCCUGCCACCCCCUACGUCAGGUCAGGCUCCAUCUUUGCUCUCUUUCGCCGAGCCCCCCAUGCAGGGAAGAGGAACGAGGGUAACGACUGGCACGCUCAUUCGUUCCUCUUCCCUCUGGCGUGCCGGCGCGUUUCGACAACGCUCCAUGGCGGCUGGAAGCAGCCACGGCGUUCUGUUCACUGUCUUUUGAUGUCGGCGGCGCUCCCACGACAGAUGCUUGCAGGGAUACUUGCACGGGAAAAGGA